AAACUCUACAGAGAUGUAAUGGAGGAAACUUUCAGGAAUCUGGUCUCUAUAGAACAAGCACAGGAAUGCCAGAAUAUUGAAGAUAACCACAAAAUUUCCUGGAGACUAAGGUAGCUGAACAGAGAGCAUGGACAAGCUGGGAAAUCACAACAUGAAUGCAGUGACCUAUGAUGAUGUUCAUGUUGGCUUCACUUGGGAAGAGUGGGCUUUGCUGGAUCCUUCCCAGAAGAAUCUCUACAAAGAUGUGAUGCUGCAGACCUACUGGAACCUCACUACUAUAGGAUACUGUUGGGAAGACCAUAAUACUGAUGAACAUUGUCAAAGUUCUAGAAGACAUGGAAGGCAUGAAAGAAGCCAAACUGGAGAGAAAACUUCUGUAUAUAUUCUGUGUGGUAAAGCCUUUGCAUAUGAGAGUCAUCUUCACGGGCAUGAAAGAACACAUACUGGAGAGAAACUCUUUGAAUGUAAUCAGUGUGGUAAAGCUUAUGCUCAUCACAGUGGUCUUCAGAUGCAUAAGAGAAAACAUACUGGAGAGAAACCCUAUGAAUGCAAUCAAUGCGGUAAAGCCUUUGUUCAUCACAGUAGUCUUCAGGUGCAUAAAAAAACACAUACUGGAGAGAAACCCUAUGAAUGUAAUCAAUGUGGUAAAGCCUUUGCACGACAUGGUCAUCUUCAAAGGCACGAAAGGACACAUACUGGAGAGAAAUUAUACAGUUGUAAUCAGUGUGAUAAAGUCUUUUCAAAACACAUUAGUCUUCAAAUACAUAAAAGAAGGCAUACUGGAGAGAAACCUUAUGAAUGUAACCAAUGUGGUAAAGCCUUUGUUCAUCACAGUAUUCUUCAAAGGCAUGAAAGGUUACAUACUAGAGAGAAAGCCCAUGAAUGUAGUCAAUGUGGUAAAGCCUUUGCAUGUCAGAGUCAUCUUCAAAUGCAUGAAAGAACACAUACUGGAGAGAAGCCCUAUGAAUGUAUUCAAUGUGGUAAAGCCUUUGUACAACAGAGUCAUCUUCAAAUCCAUGAAAGAACACAUACUGGAGAGAAACCCUAUGAAUGUAUUCAAUGUGGUAAAGCCUUUGCACAGCGUGGUAAUCUUCAAAUGCAUGAAAGAAUACAUACUGGAGAAAAAAAACUAUGAAUGUAAUUAAUGUGGUAAAGCAUUUGUAUCACAGUCAUCUUCAAAUGCAUUAAAGAACACAUACUGGAAAGAAACCCUAUGAAUGCAAUCAGUGUGGUUAAACCAUUACAUACACAGUCAUCUUCAAAUGCAUCAAACAACACAUACUAGAGAGAAACCCUAUGAAUGUAUUCAAUGUGGUAAAGCCAUUGCAUAUCACAGUCAUCUUCAAAUGCAUAAAAGAACAUAUACUGGAGAGAAACCCUAUGAAUGUAAUAAGUGUUGUAAAUCCUUUGUAUGUAUCAGUAAUCUUUGAAAUAAUGAGAAAAAGUCAUUGCAGAAAAACACUAAAAAUAUAGUCAGUGUGAUAAAGUUUUGCACUUUACCCAAGAGUAAAAUUUUUGUGUGCAUUGACUUUCUUAAAGCCUUUGCUUAUCACAAUAGACUUUGAAUACCUGAAAAUGAUACUGAGAACUAUUUAUUAUAAUGUAUUUAGUAAAAUCUUUAGCCAACACACUUACAGUCAGUUACAUAACAGUGUUUAUUCUGUAGAAAGAAAUUGACAGUGUCAACAAACUGUUCAAGCAUUAUGAUGUCCGUUUUUAUAUUGUUUGCACCAGCUAUCUCAUGGGGAAAAAAAACAAACUUAUGAAGCAUUAUGUGUAGGGUAAAAGGGCCAGCUAAAGAAACACACCUUUCAACUAGAGCUAAUGAAGCACACUUUGUCCCUGAUUCCAAAGCCAGUGAAAGAUACACUGUGGCCCUGAAACCAGAGCCAUAAUUUUAAGAGCCAAGUGAAAGAAACACACUUUGUCCCUGAAACCACAGCCAAUGAAACACAGUCUAGCUUUGACCAACUGAGCAUAAAACCAACCAAUCCAUGAGCAUGAAAUCCAGCCAAUCUCUGAGCUUAUUCAAGCACAGGGAUUGAAAUCCAACCAAUUCCCACCCCAUAAAUCUUCUUCCUAGAAAAACUCUGCCCUUAAAAAGCCCCAAUAUAAGCCUUGUGCAUGUUCAGUUGGCUGCUGCCCUUUUCCACACUGGCAGAGGCAGACUCUCUCCUGGAUUCCUCCCUCCCCAAUAAAUAUCUUGAAUGAGUUUUGAGUGAAGACAUCCUUUUGCCCAAGUGGAUCAGAAUAUCCCUAGUGGAUUGGAGCAGAGAAGCAAUGGACACCUCUUCUAGGAAACUCCCUUAGGUGAGUGGAGCAGAGCAGCAACAGACAUCUCUGCUGGGAACCUCUCUUAACAGAGUUGAGCAGAGCCCAGCUGUAAGGGCUGUCUCUCAGAGAGAAGCAGGAUUGCUCAUCCUGUAGGGAUAUCAUCCCCCACUGGAACACAUCUUUUGGUAUAGCUUGACUUCCUGUCAGGAUACCUUUCUCCUCACAGCUGUAAUUAUAUAGGAUACCUUCCAUUCACAGCUGAAAGUAUAGUCUAACUUCCUACAGACAGGGUACCAUUCCUUCCAGAGCUGUAACACUUGCACUAUGAAUUUAAACAGUAACAUAACCCUUUCAGAUUUUAUACUUGUCUUAAAUCGCAUAGAAUAACUAAUUCAGGUGUAAAACUUUAUGAAUUUGUAUUAGUUCCUUUUCUGUUGUGAUAUAAUGUCUAGGUCAACUUAUAAAAGAGUUUAAUUUGGCCCUUAAUAACAGAGGGAUACAGAAUCACCAUGAAAGUGGCAUGGCAACAACUGUCAGAUGUGGCAGCUAAAGCAGGAAGCUAAGAACUCAUAUCCUUAACUGGCAGCAUGAAGCAAAGAGUGGGACCUGGAAAUGUGUGGAUGUAAAUUCUCUAAGCUGGUAUGCCCAGUAACAUAUUUCCUGCUGCCGGGCAGCAUUUCCUAAUUCUUUCCAAAUGAAACCACCAAUUACAAGGAUUAGUUUCUCAGACUCCAUGCCUACAUACUUGCUUUUGGUUACAUAAAACAAUUCAUGGUGAAGAAAAACUGUAAUAAGCCAUUAGGUGCCUCAAUACCUGUGUUACAAGAACAAAUGCUUACAAUAGAAAAACUUCCAUGAAUGAAAAAUUGUUUUUCUAAAGAGUUGCUUUAAUUGUAAUUAUGUGAUGUCAGUGUUUGUUUUUGUGGGUGUGUGAAUGUGCAUGUUGUUCCUGAGAACAUUAAACCCUUGGAUCUUUUUGAAUUAUAGGAAGUUGUCAAAAAUCAGACCUUGUUCCUGGUAAUGAACAUUUCUUAACUGCUCAGCCUUGUCUCUAGUGCUGUAAAUAUUUUCAAAACUAUAUCAUUUUGAAGUGAGGAAAUGGGAAUAAACUCAUACAAGAGAAAAACCCUACUCAUGUAAAUAAUUUGGUAAAGGCUCUAGACAUCAAAGUUGUCUUCAGCUUCAAAAACAAAAAUCAAAUUUCAUUUGUUUUUCAUUGUAGCCUUGAAGGAAGUAAAUUACUUACCAUGUUCACUUAAGACAUGAUUGAGAUCACUGCAUUGUAGUUUCUAUUUUGAAACAUUUGAGGUAGAUACUCAAAUGUGCUCUAUGUGUGGCAAAUCCAUUUAGUGAAGUUUAUUUUGUUCUCUUUAUAUUCCUUCUGUUGCUUUUGUUCAUGUUUUAUUGUGCUUUCACUUAGUGAUAGGUAUUUUUCUGCUGUAAUGUAUAGAAUGGGAUCCCCAUCUUCUAAGUGGUCCAUUGUUUAUUUAAAUAUCAGGCCAUGUGUGAUUAUACUUUUCAAGUAAGGGUGUCUAUGAAAAGGUGGUGGGUUGUCAUUCCUGUUUUUUGUUUUUCAUAUUUUCACAUAUACCCUUGUGAUUUUGUUGUUUGUUAUUCAUCCUGGCUUGGAUGUCAGUAAUGACUCAGGGAUACAUUGCAACUCAUAAUCCUCAUGUGCCUGUUUCCAGAAUACAAGUCUAAGAGUAGAUGAUGUACUCCCAAUGUGUGCUGUUUUGUCAACACAAUUUUGCAAUGUUAAUGUUAAAAUGCUUAAUAGAAGAAAAUAUAAGAAACAUUAAAUGCCUCAUUAUUUGGGGGGGGGGGAAGAAGCAGAUAUGGUGACAUGCCUGAAAUCUCUGGUGGUUAGUCUGGCAGGGGAGGUGGUGAGUUUAUAUUAUAUGAGGACCUCACCUCAAAAAUACUAAGGCCUGGAGAGAUAGCUUAGCAGUUAAGAGCACCCACAUCUCAUAGUCCACAUCCAGUGCCCUUUUCUGGCCUCCACA